AUGUCAGGAAACAAACAUAUUGCAGGAGAUCCUUUCUGAGCUUGGUGUUCCUGAAGCAGUUUUUGAGGUGUGAUCUUAAUUUCACAUUCCACAUUCAAUUUUUUCUUUUCCUAUGCACUAUAUAUAUCCAAACUAACUGUACGUAACAGGGGAUGAAACGAUUAAGAGCAAUGAAAAAAAUUACAUUUUCAUUUUCCAUUCUUUAUUUCUUUACUUUCAUUUUUCAUGAAUUUUCAAAAAUGAAGGGCAUAAGGAAAGGAACCUCGCAGGAAGAAUUAGGGAAGGUUUGGCAAACUUCAAAGGAUAAAAUUCCUGCCCAAAAGGAAAUAUUGCAAGACAAAAUGGAAGAAGACUUGUCAAACAUGGCUGAAUUCAGUAGACUUCAGCAAACUGAAAUAAAGGAGGAGACCAUGCGUGAAAAGUAUGAAGUUACUGAAGAAGGUGUAGAGGACAAGAAGGAAAGAACCUUCUGCCCUGGAGAAUGUUUAGAGAGGUUUUCAUUUAAGGAUAAAAGGACAGAAGGGCUGUCAGAUGUGGGGAAUGAAGAAUUGACUGAGUGGGAAGUUUUGUUUGGAAGUGAGGAAGUUGCCAUGAAUGAACCUAGUCACCCUGAUGAUGUAAGUUCUACAAUUGCAUAGACUCUGCUAAUGAACAAACUUGAUGACAUGGUCAAGAUUAAUUUCAGACUAAAAAGGCUAAGAGAAAUGGAAACAGAUGUUUUUUCAUGCUUUCAGUGCUAUGCUUUCUGUUUCAAUUACAUCGUAUCACGUUAUUGAGGCAGGCAAGUAGGUAUCUACGUCUCUGUGUGUGUGUGUAAAUAUGUUUAUAAUAAUAAGACUUUAAUACUGUGCGUAUGAUUAUGUUCAAUUCUGAGAAUAUUUAAUUUC